UUGACCUAUAUACGAACAAAACUAAAAAAUAAAUACCUUUAAACAAAAUAAUUAAACUGUCACAUCCGAAAAAUCAUGAUUAAAUCCUCUCAUGUAAUUAAAUACCUUAUACAGCCAAUAAACAAAUGGCCGCCAUACAGUGAGUGAAAUCUGAUUGGCUAAUUCAAAUGCAAGCGUUUAACUGAGUCAGUAAUGGAAUAAUAUUUAACGAAAUAAUUGCCCAUGCACCGUCAGUGUGUUUGAAUAUAUUUUUCCGUGAAAAAAUUUGGAAUCAAUCUGUAAAGCACCUUACUUAGCCAGUAUGGCCGAUAGACAAAAAUAGAUUUAUGUUUAUGUUUUAUUGUAAAUUGAUAAGUAACAUUGUUUGAGAGUUAUUUGUUUUUCAUUGAGAUUGAAAUUGAAAGCAAAGAACAUAAGUUUUUGAAUAAAGCUUGAAAAGCUAGACAAUAGACAUUUUUGAAUUUUUGUAUGAUACAAUGUACUAUGCGUUUAUGAGCAAUAACUAUUAGACGUCAGACUUGACCGACAUAAACUAUAACAAGCCUGUAACGUCUGAUAUAUUGGACUAAUUUAGUACAUGUAGGUGAUAUUAUGUUAUGGUGAGACUGAUCUGGAUAACAUUUGCUUCUUUUCCUUCAAUGAAUAAUUUGGUUUAGCAAUGAUUCUCCUUUUAACUAAUUUCAUUUCCUUUACUUGUACAUUGCAUAACAUUGCAAGUGGAUUUAAACCAAAAGGCAAUGAAAUAAUAUUAAAGUUGAAAUAUCGUUAUUGACAAGAUAAUUUUUUUGGGAAACAUGAAUGAGAUUUUGGCGAGAAUGGAAAAAGAUAAAUGUCCUUCUUGAAAACUGUUGGUGUUGGUCUUUUCUCUAAUAGGCUUGGACUGAAAACUUUAAGGUGCAAACAAGAAGUAUCUAUAUUAAAGAGAUACAUAUCAAAGAAAAAGUACCAGUGGCCUGAAUUUAGAGAAGAGGACUUAGAAGAGGAGUUUAUGCGUGGAAGUGGCCCCGGGGGACAAUCUGUGGCCAAAACUAAUAACUGUGUACAAAUUAAACACUUACCUACUGGAAUUGUUGUAAAAAGUCACGAAUCAAGGUCACAGUCUGAGAACAGGAAAUUUGCUAGAGAGAAACUUGCCUAUCAGUUAGACAUCUUCUAUAACAAGGAAAAUAGUUUCCAUGCUAUAAGUCAGAGGGAGGCAGAGCAGAGUAAAAAGGUUGCUAAAGGAAAGGCAAGGAAAAGGCUGGAAUUGAAGAGAGAGUUUAAAGAAAGAAAAGAUCAGGAGACAAAAGAAGGGGAAGGAUUUGACAACCAGUCAGAAUGAGUACAAUUGAAAGUGAAGGAUUUAAGGUAACAAAAGAUCUUUAUGGUGGUAUGGUGCUUAAAACCAAGGAUCAAAGCUUUCAAUCUGCUGAUGAAUAUGAUACAAAAUUAGCAGCUGCGAUGCCAAAGUGGGAAGCAGACGGGGUUCGUGGAUUCUGGGCAAAGAUUUCAAUAGAACAUGCUCAUAUUUGCUCAGUAUUUGCUAAGUACGGUUUAGAUUUUCACCAUGCUCAAUCUGGUUAUGUUAUGAUGGCAAAAUGGUUACCUACCACAGAACCUAGCAUGAUACCAGAAUAUGCCAACCAGUAUCUAGGUGUUGGAGGGUUUGUGGUAAAUGAGAGAAAUCAGUUACUGGUAAUAAAGGAAAAAUAUCACCCUGGAACUGCUCAAGCUAAAUGGAAACUACCUGGCGGACAUGCUGAUAAAGGUGAAGAGAUAUUUGAGACAGCAAGACGUGAGGUGGUAGAGGAGACGGGUAUAGAAACAGAGUUUAUUGGUAUUUUAUCAUUCCGACACCAGCAGAACUACAGAUAUGGAUGUAGUGAUUUCUACUUCAUCUGUGUAAUGCGACCAAUCAACAAUGAGCAGGAAAUUAAAGUGUGCCAACAGGAGAUUGCUAAUUGUAAAUGGGUAGAUAUAGAUGAAUACUUGGAUGAUCCAGAUAUAACUGAUGCUAACAGAUAUUUCACACAGUGUUAUAAGGACAGUAUUGCCAAUGGCAACCAACUUAUAGGUGCGUCACCUGUGAAAUCAUUUAACAGAAAGUCUACCCACCAAGUUUACAGUAUACAUACACCUAAACCAUUAGUCAAUAAACAAUUGUGAUAUGCUGAACUAUUCAAUUUUAAUUAUUGUUUCAAAUGUUUAGAUUAAUUUAUCCUAGUUUGUCUCUUUUUCCGUGAUAUUGAUAGUCUUUUACCUUGUAAGUUCAUGAAAAUAAUGUAAAAAAUCACAACACAUUGUUCUAGUUUCGGCUUUAAUACGUCUUCAUCAGAACACUGACUUUAAUUAAAGUCUGUGAUCAGAAAUCAUGUAAAGAAACAGUGACAUGUAUUGUAUUGUGUUUUAAUGUUUUUGUUAUAACAUUUUUUCUGCUAACUUUGAAUGAUACUGUUAUCUUGCUUUGAACUUACAUCUUUGGGAUUUUAAGCUAAUAUAUUUCAGUGAGUAACUAUUAAUAUUAUAGAGACUUUUUAGUCUAUCCUGAUGAAAUUGGAAUGUAUUUGUUAUACAUGGUUCUCCGAUGGUUGUUGAUUUAUUAUCAAAAUCUCAUGUCCUUCAUGUGAAGGUCCUCAGGUUCAGAUUUCUUCAUUUUAGUCAUUGGUUUAGGUUUUUUUGCAUCAUUUCUAACUUGACUGAUUUUUAUAAGCCCGUUUGAAAAACGGGACGUAUUAUGGGAACGCCCCUGGCGGGCGGGCGGGCGGCGUCCAAUUUUGUCCGGAGCAUAUCUCCUACAUGUAUGGAGAGAUUUUAAUGAAACUUCAUAGAAAUGUUCACCACUAUGAGGAGCAGUGUCGCGCACAUGAACCAGGUCUCUAGGUCAAAGGUCAAGGUCACACUUAGAGCUCAUUGAAAAAUGCUUGUCCGGAGCAAAACUUCCACAUGUAUAGAGGGAUUUCAAUAUUACUUGGCACAAAUGUUCACCAUUGUGAGGCGGAGUGUCGUGCGCAAGAUUCAGGUCCUUGCGGCCAAGGUCAAGGUCACACAUAGAGGUCAAAGUUCAGAUAAAAAUAUGAAGAUGUGUAUAUGGACCAUUUAGUCAUCAUUUAUUGAUGGAUUGUUACACAAAUGGUCAUUAUCAAGACUAUGGCUGUGAUACAUAUAAUUUAGGUCAAUAUAUACAAGGUCAAGGUCACUAAAGAUGAUGAAAUAUC